CUCCCAACCCCGUGCGGUCUGUGGUGCCGGUGCUUGACUCUCGUAACGUGACGCUGGAGUGGCCGCGACCUGACGGCCGCAUCGACGACUACACCAUCGUGUGGUGGCUCGAGGGACACUCGGACAAGAAGGCGUCUAAGCAGAUCCCCGGCAGUCAGGCAACUGAAGGCAUAAGUAGGAAAGUGUCUGCACUCAUCGGUGAGCUUCUCCCCGGGCACCUCUACAAUUUCGAGGUCUUCACGACGGCAAACGGCCUCAGCAGCGACCGCUUGCAGCUCACUACUCGCACCAAACCAAUCAUCACCUCUGACAUAUCGAUUGUGACCAGCCCCCACGAGACCUCAUCGUUCACAGUGAGGUUCACAAAAAUCCCCCCCGACGUUACCUUGUUCGACACGUACCGCGUCAUGCUCUCCAAUGGCGACGUCAAGGAGAUAAAUGCUACAGAUCCCAACAGGAAGGUUGUGUUUGAAGAUUUAGUACCUGGUCGCCUGUAUAACAUCACCGCUUGGACGGUGUCUGGUAACGUGACCAGUCAGCCGCUGCAGCGACAAGACAGGUUGUACCCUGAACCUGUGAGUGGCAUUAACGCUACCUACCUCUACGACACGAGCAUCGCGCUCGAAUGGGUUCCUCCUGACGGAGAGUACGACUCAUUUGAGGUGCAGCACCUGAACGCCGAUGAUCAACUCAUCACAAACUACACGACCCACGAGCGCAUAACCAUCGGGGGGCUACGCGCCCACCGCCGCUACGUCUUCACGGUGAUCACGCGCGCCGGGGCCUCCGACGCCGGCAUCCUGCGACAGUCCAUCCCUGUGUCUGCCUCCUUCAAUACCAGCGAGAGCAUCCCUGGCAUGGUGCAAGAGUUCGUGCCGAUCCACAUCCACCCUGACCGCACCGUCAUAAGUGCAGCUGGCGAAUCAACNACAGGCAGCAUCGCAGGUUUAGUACCGGGCAGGAGAUACGUGUUCAAAAUCCAGGCUUGGAACAACAAAGGACCUGGGCUGUCCAGAGUGUGGGAAGAAGCGACACCUAUCGAUGCUCCUCCGAGGCCGAGUCCCCAGGUGUUCCCAACUGAGAUGGGGAAAUCCUCCCGCACCAUCACCAUUCGCUACCGUAAAAACUACUUCAGUGAGCAGAAUGGCAAGGUGAUGGCCUACUCGGUGAUCGUGGCAGAAGACGCGUCAAGGGACGCGUCAGGUCUGGAGGUGCUAACUUGGUGGGACGUACAGGCUUACUCGACAUGGCCGCCCUAUCAGGCGACGUAUCCCUACUACCCCUUCAACGAGUCCACGGUCGAGGAUUUCGUCAUAGGAUCUGAGGAUGGCUGUCCUGAGACGCGCGAGUACUGCAACGGACCUCUCAAGCCCGGCACCACAUACAGGGUUAAAAUCCGAGCCUACACGGCGCCCGACAAGUUUGCCGACACUUUCUACAGUCACUCCAUCGCAACAGAAUUCGAGAGCAACAACAUUGGACUGGCGGUGGCGAUACCAGUGCUGGUUCUGGUGAUGGUUGUUAUCAUCGUGGUGCUGGUGCGGCGACGACGCUCGGGUCUCUCCGUCAAGAAAACAACCGAGGGCAACCCGCGCGAUGACGUGCACUCCAUCAGCGACUCCAUCAUCGAGACCAGUAUACAGGGCUUCAACUCACCGCGGGAAUUCAUCGUAACGCAAGGACCUCUGGCGUCGACACGGGACGACUACUGGCGUAUGUGCUGGGAGAGCAACUCCCGCGCCAUCAUCAUGCUCACACGCUGCAUUGAGAAGGGCCGUGAGAAAUGUGACCACUACUGGCCAUACGACACGCAGCCCGCCUACUACGGGGACAUACAAGUGACCAUCCUCAACGAAAGUCAUUUCCCGGACUGGAACGUUACCGAGUUCCGCGUGUGCAAGGGAGACCAGAGUCGGAUUAUCCGCCAUUUCCACUUCACCACGUGGCCGGAUUUCGGAGUUCCUGAUCCGCCUCAGGCGCUCGUGCGCUUCGUCAGAGCCUUCAGAGAGCGCGUGCCUCCUGACCACCGCCCCAUCGUCGUGCACUGCAGCGCUGGCGUGGGGAGAUCGGGCACUUUCAUCGCCCUCGACAGAAUACUUCAGAGCAUCCGAGUAUCGGACUACGUGGAUAUCUUCGGCAUCGUGUACGAGAUGAGGAGGGAGAGAACGUGCAUGGUGCAGAACGAGCAGCAGUACAUCUGCAUCCACCAGUGCCUUAUGGUCGUCAUCCAGGGCCUUGAGGCUCUAGGGCUUAGCAAUCGACCAAUAGAAACUCAUACCAACAGGGCUUAUGAAGAUGACGAGGGCAUUGCGGAAUCCGGCAUGUAAAUGAACUUCCUCCAUCAUCCUUGAUUUGUAAAGAGUCUUCCUUCCUUGUAAAUAAGCCAGCCUUUUUUGUAUUUUUUAACGUUUCUUCAACUCUUCUUGAGUUAAAUGUUUAAAGGACGCUAUCAGUAAAAUCUAGACAAUAUUUGAUUUUACAAGCGCUUGCGUUCUCUUUUAAAGAUAAUCCUCAAGGGUAAUACGAAAUUCAUGCGACGGUGAAAUUGCCGUAAAUUUAUCACAUUAGCUCGUUCUACACGUAUGAUGAUUUAAGAGAAAACGAAUGAGUUUAUUGACGAUGGUUUUAGCUUGCUAUUAAGCCUAUUAUCACGUUCAAUUGACGCAUUUACGUUUAGCUUGUUAUCAUCCCGGGGCCAUACUUUCAAAACUCGCUAAGUGAAGCUAAGUGAACU